CAGUUGUCUACUGCUAUAAAGGUGGUAGCCGGUUUGCGAUUAGCUGAGUUUACUUCCUGGAGUUUAUUCGCUCUUUGGAUUACGAGAGAAUCAUCAUGUCUCUGGACGAGAGAUUCAACAAGGCCGCCGACGACGUCAAGAACCUCAAGGAGCGCCCGUCCGACGAGGAGCUCCUCGAACUUUACGCCCUCUAUAAGCAGGGCAGCAUCGGCGACUGCAACAUCAGCCAGCCCGGCAUGUUCGACCCCAAGGGCCGCGCCAAGUGGACCUUCUGGAACAAGAAGAAAGGCACCAGCCAGGACGAAGCCAAGGAAGCUUACGUGACCUACGCCGGCAAGCUCAUAGAGAAGUACAAGAAGUGAUUGCGGGGUCAACGUUCCUGCGGCCUGGGCGGGCUCACACCGCUCUACCCGACGCGCGUUCGACGUGAUCUGUGUUCUUCGUAUCAGCCCAAAGUCACCUCGCUCGCUUUCUCUCUUUCUUUUUUUCUUAGUGGCGUACCAUCAUGUCGCCACGGUCGCCGGACAAAUUUAUUUUCUUAACUGACACAUUUGUGAUAUGAGCUAUUCCUUUUUCUUUUUUUUUUUCCACGCACCACUUCUCGCAGAAGCAAUAACGCUGUACAUUCACCUAAAUUAAUCCGAUCUCUUGGGAUGUUGCCAUUGGGUGCGGCACGAGUAUCAGUGGAACACUUUUCUGAUGUACCAUUGAGGUGUUUUGUACAUACGGAGUAUCAAUAAAAGUGGUCUUUCUUGCUUUUUAA